AUGCAUCGUGGCCAGCAAAAUUUGUUUGCAGAUUUAAGUUUUAGUGAUUCUACAUCUGAUAAUGAUGAUAAUCUUGAAAUUAUAGAAAAUAAACAAGGUGAAUCAAAAAAUGAAAAAAUAUUACAUCCAUCUCUAUAUGAUAAAGUUAUUAAAACAGAUGGGAAUAAUUGUAAUGAUUUUGUUAGUUCUGAUGAUGACUUGAAUUUUGAACCUUAUGUUCCUUCAGUAAUUGAUAGAAAGUUUUCUGUUGAUGAAAAUCAGUUUAAAAGACCUCCAUUAAACAGAAGAUCUGUGUCAUUAGAUAUAUCUAGUCCAAUAAAACAUACAACUGUUAAUGAAGCUACAAAUUCUAACUCUAAAGAAAACUCAGAAAAUUUAUCAUCAAAACCUAAUACAAAUCUUUUAGUCCCUGACAUAAAAAAGAAUUCUUCAGAAAGUGAAUGGGACAGUGAAGAUUCCUAUAACAGCAAUGAUAAUAAAAAUCUUAAAAAUUCAAAAACAGAAGAUUGUGUUGAUGCUGUAACACAGAAUACUAAUAAUACAGAUAAAGAAUUAAAUAUGUUAGAAUCAAAGAAAGUAAUUUUAUCUGAAAAUGAAAAUUAUGUUGAACCAGAAUCAAUUAAUCCUGCAGAUUUAAAAGAUCAGACAUUGGAAAAAUCUAACUCUUUAAACAGUGAUAAAGAUUUUUCAAGCAGUGAAAACUCUAAAAAUGUUAACUCUGGUCAGACAGAUCAUUGGAGUACAUUAGGCAGAUUUGGAACAAUGCAAGGAAGAGAUGAAAUGUGGGAAAAUAAUGCUAAAAUUAUCAAAAAUUCUGGUGAAUUAGGUGAUAAUCUUAGCAAAAAUGAUGUAUCAAAUGUUAAAGAUGAAGAUGAAAUUGACAAUAUUAAUGAAAAUGAAAAAGUUAAAGUUGCAUUGUGUGAUGAUGAUAAAAUUAGCAUUAAUGUAGAUAAAAAAGAAGUUGAAAUUGAUAAAGUUGAACUGAACAAAGCAGAAAAUAAAAUAACAGAUCUUGAAGAUGAAUCUCAACAUUCAGAACAAAAUAAACAAGAAGAAAAAUUAGAUGAUUUAAAUCAUUUCAAAGAGGAGGAAAAGUCUGUUGUUUUUAGUGAAAAUAGCAAAAGUUUUGAAAUAGAAUCUGAAAUAGAUUUCGUCACCAACUUAGAAGAGGAAAUUUUGGAAUCAAAUUUAAUUUUAGAACAAAAUGAAAUGAAGUCUUCUGACUUUCAAAACAACAAAGAGGAUUUUGAGAACCCUUCAUUGUGUGAUAAUGAUCUUAUUGAAAUGGAGUUAACAAAGGCAGAAUUAGAUGAGAAUAAAACUAUUAAAGAAUUGAGUAAUAAAGAUAAUAUUGAAAUUCUUGAAGAAAAACUGGAGAUUAAUAUUCUUAAUUCAGACGAAUUUAAAGAAACAGAAAAAGUUUUUUCAGAUAGAGACAUUUAUGAUGAUGAAAAUUUUGGAUCAGAAUUUGAUUUAAAUGUGAUUAAGCAAGAUAAAGAGAGUGACUUUUUAAUUUCACAAAAAGAUAGAGACAGAAAACAACCUUCUGAUAUAGAUGAAUUAAAUUAUAAUGAAGCAUCCUUUUUAUAUGACAUUGAAUAUGAUGACAAAACAAAAUUAGAAUUAAAAAUAACAGAUAACAUAAAUGAAAAUAUAUGUACAGGAGAAAGAAAAUUAUCAACAGAUAUAAAUAAAAGCAUAGAUUCUGAAAUGAUAAUUAAAUUAGAUAAUGAAAUAAAAAAUGACAGUUCAACAUUUGUAACUAAUGGAACAAUGGCAAUUGAGAAACAAAAAGGUCUAUCAGAUUUAGAAGAAAAGUCCAAUUCUAGUAAUUUCAGUAUUGAAAUAAGUAAUGAUGAAAAUCAAGAAAAUAAAACAGAUAAAGAAGUAAUAUUAAAUAUACCUGAUGAUGAUAUAGAAAAAUGUGAUGAUAAUGCUGAUAUUGGAUUUUCCACAAGUUUAAAUAACCAUAAUUCUAGUGAAAUAAAUUCUCAUGAAAAUGUUAGUAAUAAUGUUAACCAGUUUAACAAAGUUAUUAAAAUGUGUGAAUUAAAUGAAAGAGAUGAUGUCAGAAUGUCUUCUUUUGAUGAUGAACAUAAUUCUGAGAUUGAUAACAGUCAUAGUUUAUUAAGUACAAAUGAUAACUCCUUUAAUAAAUAUAUAAGUCAUGAAAUUACAAAUAAAGCUUUGCCUUAUUUAAGUCUUUUAGAAACACAAAAUCAAAAUACAUCUUCUGAUGAUUAUCUUGAACAGAUAAGUAAAAAUUUAAUUCCAAAGUUAACAUUCAGAAGGUUAAGUGUAGACCAAUUAAUUAAUGGUGUUUUAGAUCCACCACAAAAUAAAUGUGUAAGGAGAAAAAGCUUUAAUGAAUUAAGUUCUUCAAAAGAUACUUUUUCCAAUCAUUUAAACAAAACUUCAAAGCUUUUAUUAAGACAGAAUCACUAUGAAGAUGAUGAUCAUUCUGAAGAAGAAGUAAGUGUAAAAGAAUCAAAACAAAACAGUCAAAAGUUAGGCAAACAAGAGAGAAGUUUUAGUUCAGGAAAUGAUCACUCAGAAGGUCUUAAUUAUAUUACUGCACAUAGAAAGAGUGAAGAUAAAAGUAAAUCUAAUUUGCUCAGUUUAUAUCAAGAUUCAAAACAAAUUCAAAGUGGCAGAAGAUCAAGUUAUUCUAAUGAAAAUGAAGAAUUUGUAAGACAAAGAAAUAAUCUGCAUCCCUUAUUGGGAAAUUUACUUGCAUCUAGUAGUUGGGAAAGUUGGUAUAGUGGAACUAAUCACAGGCAAAUGAGAAGAUUAAGUAUGAGUGUGAUUAACUCUAAACCAUCAGAUUUCUUAGAACAAAUUCCAGAGAAACCAGAGCAUCGCAGGUUAAGUUUAUGUUUUCAUAAAAGUACUUUUGAAGGAACUAUUAACCACGAAGUACACAAUUUAGAUAAAGUUGAAAAAAGUAAUUGCAUUUCUAAUGAAACUAACAAGGAUAUAAAUCGUAAACAAUUUCGUGUAGCUUUAACAAGAUCUUUAUCUUUAAAUACUGUUCUUAAUGAUGAAAAUAACAAAACAAAUGAUAAAAGUAUUCAAAUAACUCAUAAAAUUACUAAUUAUAAUAGUAAAUAUAAAACUUUAAACAGUAAGGCAAGUUGCAGUACUUCUUUAAGUGAUUCUGUUUUUGAAGAGAAUAAUUCAAGUGAAUUUAUACAAGAUAAUUUAGAAAAAAAUAAAUCAAAACAAACUGUAAAUAAGUCACAAAAAUUGAAAAGACAUUCUGAUGAAAAUUCUACUCCACAUAUAAUAUUAACAUCGUGGGAAAAUGAAGAAAUUGAAUUGCAACCAGAAGAAAUGAAUAAAAAUCCCUUUGAGUCAUCAUCUCCACCUAAAAAUAAAGUAAAUCAACCUGCUGAAGCUUCUAAGAAGAAAGAAUAUUUAUUACCUGAAGGUGGAUCACUUGAUGAAGACAGCUCAACUACUAUAACAGAUACUGAAGAUGAUAAAAAUAAUUUGAGACCAUUUGGAAUAGUUCUGGAGGAUAGGACCACAAAAAAGAAAGUAAAUGAAGUACAUUUAGAUCCAAAUGAAGAACGAGAUGAUACAUUGUCUAUAAGUACAGAUGAAGACCUGUUUCUGGAAGAAGUUUGUGAAAAGAAUGAAUCUGUACAUCAACAUAGUAUAUCACCAAGUCAGUUAGCAAGUCUUCAAGGUUCAUUACGAGAACAUAGAUUGACAGUAAAUAAAAAGAGUCAAAAAAUUAAAUCUUUAAAGAAUCAGUUGAAAGCUAUUCAACACGAAAAAAUACAGAUACAAGAAAAAAUAGAAAAAAUGAGUUCCAGUAAUUCAGCUUUAAGAAAUAAUAUUUUGGAAAUGAAAAACCAAUUAACAAGUUUACAAUACAAUUUAGAAGAAGAAAAACAAGUUCGAGAAAAUGGAGAAGUUUUAUUAAAUACAAUGAAAGAGCGACUUUCUCAUAAAGAUGAUCUUUUUGUAAAUGAAAACAAUAUAAGAAAGUCAUUAGAAAAUGAGAUAAGAACAAUGAAAGAACAGUUUAAAUUAAUAGAAACUAAUAAUCAAAUAUUACAGAUGGAAAAUACUAAAUUAAAAAUGCAAUUGGAACAAGAAAAAUUAUUGUCAAUAGAUCAAAGAAAAUCAGCUAAACCUGAAACUGCUGAGAAGUCCAUAAUUACAGAAAUGGAAUUAGAGAAACAAGAACAAGAAAGUCACUUAGUUAAAAUAAAUAAUGAAUUACAAUUGGAGAAUGUAGAGUUAAAAGAAAAAAUAAAAAAAUUAGAAGAUGAUUUAAACAAUAAAGUUGCUGAAUUAUCAGGAAAGCUUGAAGUAGUUCAAGAUAAAAAGAAUCAAAUAGAAAAUCAGUUACAGAUUUUAGAUAAAGAGCUGCAAAAAAAGCAAUAUGAAUUGAAUAAAUCUAUAGAGAUGCAUAAUGUACAUAUUAAAGGAAUAGAAUUUGAAAAAGAAGAAUUACGAAAAGAAGCAAAGUCCGAAUUAGAUAAGAGGCUUGCAUUAGAAAAUAAAGCUAUUGAAACAUUUCAAGAAAUAAAUAAAUUGAAUUCCGAAUGCCAAAAUUAUAAGCAAAUGAUUGAAGCAUUAAAAAUUUCUUCAGUAAAAGAAUCUGAAAAUUAUGAAGUUUUAGAGAAAUUACGAAUAGAAAAUCAAGACUUAAAAAGAGAAUUAAAUGAUAUCAAAAAAUUAUAUGAAUAUACAGAAAAUAUUACAACUCAAGAAAAAGAAGCAGCAAAAAAUACAUUAUCGUGCAUAAAUGAUGAAUUACAAAAGACAAAAAUUCAAUUGGAUGAUAAAUCUGUAAAAAUAUUAGAAUUACAAAAAUCAAUAAGAGAGAGAGACCAGUCUGCUUUUGAAAAAGAUUUAAAAUUUAAUGAAUUAGAGAAAGAAAACUCUUAUUUAAACCAAAAAGUAGAUAAAUUACAACAAAGGUUUCUAGCUCAACAAAAAGAAUUAAAUUUCUUAAAAUUGGAAUCAGAAGAUAAUGGAAAUAAUUCAGCAGAACUUUGUGCUAAGAUUGAAAUACUAAAUAAACAAAUUGAUUCUUUGAAAUUGGAAAGAUUUCAAUUAGAAGAAGAACUUGCAAAAGAAAAAGAUUAUUCUAAUAUGUUAAAUUCUAAAAUUGAUACUUUUAAAAAGAAUGAAGAUAAAAUUCAUCAACAGAUUCAUUUGCUGAAAGCAGAAAAAAAUACAUUGCAAGAAAAACUGUCUAAAGAAAAUGAACAUUGUCAAUCUUUACAUCAGCAAUUGAAAUCUUUUAAUGAAAAAGAAGAACUGUUAAACGAGAAAGUUGAUAUGUUACAAAUGCAAAAUAAACAAUUGGAAGAUGAAUUAAGUAAAGAAAAAGAACAUUCUAAUAUGUUAGAUAACAAACUUGAGACUUUUAACCAGAAUCUCAAAAAAAUGGAAAUGUUGGUUGAAAGUCUACAAACAGCAAAAGAGGAGUUAGAAUCAAAAAUUAAUGUGGAUGGAUCUUUUAAUAAUAAUUUAAGUAGAAAAGAGAUUAUUUGUACAAAUCAUUCAUCUCCUGAUGAUAAUUCUGUUUUUCAAUUAACUGAAAAAUUAAAAGUUAUGGAACAUGCAAAAGAAAAAACAGAAAUGCUUCUACAGAAGGAAAGAGAGAAGUCUUAUAAAGUUAUGAAAUUAAAACAAUCAUCAGAUAUACUUUUGGAACAGGAAAAUUUCAGAAUUCAUCAAUUAAUGGAUAUUAUAUCGAAGCUAAAAACAGAACUUGCUAUGUCAAAUAACAAAAUUAAGAGUUUGGAUAAUUUUACUCAUGAUUUAGAACAGAGAUAUCAAAGAGAAGAAUGGAGAACAAAAAUUGAUGAUCUUAAUAAACAAAUUGAGCAACUUCAAAAAGAGAUGGGAGUUGAACGAAAUUUGAGAUACGAAGCAGAAUCAAAAUGUUCUCUACUGGAAACAGAACUGCAUUCCUUACGCACAAUUCAGACCACAUUAAUUGAAGAAUUAUUAAAUGAAUUAAAAAGGGCUAAGUCUCAAAAUAAAGAUCAAAGGAUGGAAACAAGUCCAAUAGAAUCUGGAUAUAAACAGUUGGAAAAUAGGAAUCAUGAGGAGAUUUACCAUGUUCUGAGAGAUAUCAGUUUACAACUGAGAAAAAAUCAACAACAAAAACCAGAAUUGCCAGAGAAAAAUGAUUUUAUAAAAACGAAAAAUAAAUUAAUGAAAGAACUUUCUCAAUUACAGUCUUCAAUCAUUAGUAAAGGACAAGAGUAUGACAUUUUAGAACAGGAAAGAGAUCUUCUGCAGAGAAAAUAUGAAUUCGAUAAUUCCAAAAACCCUGUUCAAGAUAUAGAAACGCCUGUUAAAUUAUCCAGCGAGAAUGAAAGACCUAAUGUAUCGUUUUUAAAUUAUGUUCCUGACAGAAGAUGGAGUUCCAUUUCUUCUUUAAAUAAUAUGCCAAUAGACAGAAGGAAUUCAUCAGAUAUUCAUUUACAAUCUAAAGACCCGCCUCCUCUGAGGAAUAGUUUUUCUGUGAUACACACGCCAACAAAUUUACAGCUACUUAAAGAGAAAGAACACGAUAACUCUAAUAAAGUUUUACCAGAGUUUCAGAUAAAAUUAGAUAAUGCCAUAACAAGACAUUUAAAUUCUGGUCCUAGAAUAGACAUUUCUAUUCCUCCUCGCCAUAAAAAAGAUGACGAAUCUGCCAAAGAUUAUCUCUCUGCUUUAAAAAAGAAAUAUUUUGUAUUUCAAAUUUGAAAUACGAGAGACCUCAUUUUAUGACUUGUUCUCUUUACAAUCUUCCACUUUUACAUCUAUAAGUUAUCUACAACACAAAAUGUUAUAUCUUUUCUAUAAUCAGCCAUUCUAGUGUAGUAUUGUAUAGUUUACAGAACUUUUAGAAACAGACCCUAAGUUAACAACAAAGAAUUUGAGAGACUGAUUUGCGACAGCUUACUUGAUGACAACUAUCAGAUCAUUAAAGUAAGAAUCUAUUGUAUUUUCCUAAUUCCUAACCAAGUGGAAUUUCUAAAAUUUUAAAUCAUUAUUUGUGUGUAAUUUUACCUCUUCCCAUAUAUAACUGUUUAAUCAUUUUAUGCCAUUUUAAAUUUCUUUGAGUGGAAAUUCUUGUAUAUAUAUAUAUCAUGUAUCAAUAGACAAAGUGUUUGUUUUACUCUCAAAGUAUUGUAAUUUUAUUAUUACUUACUCAUGUAUUAAAACUAAAUAAUCAUGAACAAUAAAUUAUCUCCAAAGUGGAAAUGAGAAUUCAAUAUCAUUCAUUGACUACACUGUAUGUCACUGAAUUACAUUCACAUCAUAUUUGUAAGAUAAUUGAUAUUUGUUAAAUGAAUUUUGCCAUAAGAUUUACUAUGUAUAAUGUACUUGCUUUGUAAUGUAACAUUUUUUAUCAAAAUUUAUUUUAAUUCUACCUCUAGUAUUAGAGGUAAAAUUACUAUUACUCCAAAUUAAUUAAUGUAUGAGAUUAUUCAGUACAUUGUAUUUGCUCAGUAGGAACAGGAUAGUAUAACAUUAUUAAAUGCAUCAAACAUAUUAGAUAUCUAAACAAAGUAGUGUUUGUCCUGUGAGAAAGCAGCAUAAUGUUUCUGUUAAAAUUAAAAAUCAAAAUAAUUUAUAAUGCACAUUCUGAUAUUAAAGGAAAUACAUUAAAUGCAAAAAAGAUCAUUCAAAACUAAGAUUUAUGUCAAUUUAAAAACAGAAUAAGAU